AUGAUUGUUGUUUCUCACUGGCAAGAAGAUAUCGAUUGGUUGGAAUUAUAUUUGGGCCAUAUCGCACACAUUGUAUAUACAAGAACAAAUUCAUUAGCUACAAAUAAUCUAGCUGUAAAUAAAGGUCGAGAAGCUGUUGUUUACUUAAAAUAUAUUGUUGACAAUUACGAAAAUUUAGCGGAUGUCACAGCAUUUGUUCAUGGGCAUCGUACAUCUUGGCAUCAGAGAUCUCCAGAUGAUAUUGUUAUUGCAUUACGUGCAUUAAAAUGGGGAAAAUAUGAUUAUAUGCCGUUAACAUGUGUGAUGACUCAUACUCAGUUUCGCUUAAAUAGUGGUGAUCAUCAAUGGACAGUGAAUUAUCAGUUAUGGAAUGAUGUGUUAAAACAAGAACUAGGUGAACAACCUAGAGUACAAGUAAAUACACAUUGUUGUGCUUCAUUCGCAGUCAAAAAAGAAAAAAUUCUAUCUCACCCAAAAUCAUUUUAUCAAAAUAUACAUGAUUACAUAUUGAACAGUAAAGAAUCAGACGGUAAAACGGGACGAACCCUGGAAUAUUCAUGGCAUAUUCUCUUCCGACAGCCUCAUUCAAUUAGAUAUGCAAUGUGUGAUUUAUUCUAUUGCAAUGAGAGAGGACAAAUAUCAAUUGAAUUAGCUGAAUCAAAGGCAACAAAGACAACUAUCGUCCCUACCACCACAAGAACAAACAUCUUAAAGGAAUAUCGCUUUCCACCUGCCGGCUUCACUCAACUCAAGGAAAGAGAAAAGGCGAUUGUUGAAAAAGAAGUGGCUGCAGGAAAUCCAGAGUAUACAUUUUUAGCAUUGGGUGGGUUCGUAUAUUUCAAAUAUGAAAAUCAUCAGUAUCGCACUUUAAGAACAAACGCUUUGGUUCAAGCUGAUAAUGGGCUAGUAUUUGAGGGGCCAGUUCAAUGGAAAUCGGAGUUUACUGGAAAUUUAUGGAAACAAGGUCGAUUUCAAAAUAUCACAAUUUCGACAUUUGCUGAAAUGGGUAUCAAAUUCUAUUGUUUUUUGAAUCCUGGUGAAAUACUGAAAGCUGACAACGGCAUCGAAUGGAUGGUAGCAGCCAAUGGAGCAUUUUUUAUGAUUCUGAAAAUGAUUUUCUAUGUAUAUCGCGUUUUAAUACUCAUUAUUAUUAGUGAUAUAUCACGUGUACAACCUACACCUUCUCCCUGUGCAAAUAAAUUAGCAGAUUACGUACCAUCUAUCUUAAUUGAAAAUCUUAUUCAAUCCUCAAAAACACAACGUGACCAAUCCAAAAGUCUGGUAGAUAACCAUCACGACAAAAUUAAAACUCAUGUGGAGGAAACUGUUAAAUUAAUUGAUAAUCAUCGUGAACGAAUUGACAAUCGUUCAAAACAAUUAGAUAAACACAAGAAUAGUCUAAAGUUUGUCUAUCCCGUCUUUUCAUUGGUACUGGUAGUGUUGAUUCUAUUAUUAAUCGUUAUCCUGAUCGGUAUUUCGAAAAAGUGGUUUAUUUGUAAACCAAAACGUGGUGCUACGUCAAACUCUUUAUCGUUUUUAGCAAGACCUGGUACAACCAAUGAACGUGUUGCUAAACAAGAGAUUUCAACCAUUGACAAUUUUACAUUGUCAAAUGCCAUAGCUGCUGUGCUCGCUGAAAAACUGUCUUAA